GCGGUUCGUGUCCCUUCUAAAUCCUCACGGCCAACAAGGCCAGGAUGACCCGAAGUAUCUAGACGUGAGGUUUGCCCGUAUACACAGAGAAACCCUCAAGCCGCGGCCUGCAGCUGGUCUGAUAAGAAAAGGUUUUGUAGAACCUGGUUUGUGACAUCCAGAGAAGCUGAGUUCCUGUCUUCUUUGAUGAGUGCUGUCAGGAUUUUAGCAGCGUGUUUUGUCCAGAAAUAAAUGAGCGAGGAGGCAGGAGGGAGAUGGUUCAGUGCUGAGGCUCUCGCCUCGCAAAGCUGAGACAGAAUUUACUUACCAUAGCUGCUGCCCCCUGAAUGUGCAGACAGAGUCCUGCCAACUCUGCUCUUUUGAAUCCAGAUGCCAAAAGAGAUUUCUGGUUGCACCACAGUCAGUAGCGAUCACUCUAGUGCCAUUUAGCACGAACUGACCUCUCACUCCAGAAUGAAGGACUCAGUGUGAUGAGAUUUUGGCAUAUGAGAGAAGCAGCGCACCCUUCGGCUCUGGCUGACUCAGCUGCUGGCAUACCUGGGAACGAUGCCCAAAGUCGUAUCGCGCUCAGUGGUCUGCUCGGACACUCGGGAUCGGGAAGAAUACGAUGACGGCGAGAAGCCCCUCCACGUCUACUACUGCUUGUGCGGUCAGAUGGUCCUGGUGCUGGAUUGCCAGUUGGAGAAACUGCCCAUGCGGCCCAGGGAUCGGUCGCGGGUGAUUGACGGGGCCAAGCACGCGCACAAGUUCUGCAACACGGAGGACGAGGAGACCACGUACCUGCGGCGGCCCGACGGCGUGGAGCGGCAGUACCGGAAGAAGUGUGCCAAGUGCGGCCUGCCCCUCUUCUACCAGGCGCAGCCCAAGAACGCCGCCGUGACCUUCAUCGUGGACGGGGCGCUCGUCAAGUUCGGCCAGGGCUUCGGGACCCCGAGCAUCUACACGCAGAGGCAGGAGCCGCCCAAGAAGGUGAUGAUGACCAAGCGGACGAAAGACAUGGGCAAGUUCAGCUCGGUGACCGUGUCCACCAUCGACGAGGAGGAAGAGGAGAUCGAGGCCCGGGAGGUGGCCGACUCGUACGCGCAGAACGCCAAGGUGAUUGAGAAGCAGCUGGAGCGGAAAGGCAUGAGCAAGAAGCGCUUGCAAGAGCUGGCGGAGCUGGAGGCCAAGAAGGCCAAAAUGAAGGGGACGCUGAUUGACAACCAGUUCAAGUGACCGAGAUCUUGCUCAGAGGUGGAUGGAAGCAUUUCCGGCAGGAGGGGAGGGAAAAUUGUUGUUUGGGUUUAUUUCCUCUUUUAAAAAAUUUAAUUAUUAUUAUUUCCCUGUUUCUACGGACCUCUCUUCCUGUUUAUGCCCCAGCAGGAGGCUCUGUGGGGCUUCCCAGUGACAUGCCUAUAUGCAGUAGCUCCCGUGAGACCACCUGAUCUGCUUUUAGAGAGUUGAGCUUUUCACAGCAUUUCUGUGUAUGCUUGCUUUGCGUUUUGUUGGAUUCCUGUGAUGUAAUUUCUUUAAGCUGUAUAGAUACUUUGAAUAUGUCGAUUCUGGAGUGCCAGUUCUUGUUUCUUGAAAGACAAGAAAAUGCCAGAAUAAAUGUGUAAACAUGGCAAAAGAGUCGUUUCCUGUUGCUAUAAAAAAAUACCAUAAAUAUAUAUUUUAAAACAACAUAAUUACUUUUUAGCUUUGUAAUCCAGAAUUUGGUAUGUAUCUAAAAGUCUGGGUAUUCUGACACGGCUGGUUUCUUUCUAGAGUUUCGACA